CAACUCCAACAGUUGCCAAUAAUUUACUCCCAAUAUCCAUUAGUUUAGCAACUCCCAAACCAGUAUUGGAAAGGGAAAAAACACCAAUCUCCAACAGUUUCCAAUACAUGACUUCCAAUAACCAAAUUUGGGCCCACCUGGAACAUUUAGUUGGCCCGGUAGUUGAUCGAUUCCGUCGCGGUCGUUGUUCUGCGCGGCGCGGUCCUCUCCUCCCGCGGCGCGCUGCUUUCUUUGCGCGACGAAGCCAAGCGCCGCCGGCAAACGCCGCUAGACCAAGGCCGCUCGUCUACGUCGUCCACGCCGCCAGACAUCGCUGGUCCCUCGCGCGGCGCAUCCCAGGUUUGAUCUUCACCGUAUGUAGAUCAUGAAAUCUAGGGCAAAUUGACUGAUAGGUUCAUGUUUGUUGUAGAAGGACAUUUGUUCCCCUUCUGCUGUGUCCCGUACUACACCAUGAUGAUGUCUAGGUUCAAAUUGAUUUGUUUGAUCAGGUGCUCACUGUUUGAUUCUAGGUGUCAAGACGUCAUGAGUUUUCCCAAAACCUUUUUCCAAAGACAAUUAGAUGAUGAUUCUUCCUCAGAUGAUGAAGAUUAUUACAUGAUGUCCUCUGCUCUUCUCAUGAACUCGUUCUCAAAUGUUGAACGAAAGCAUGGUGGUUCUGUCCCUGGACACGCUGUUAUUUAUCGAGAUAGAGAAAGUGGACAUAACAGGAUGUUUCAAGACUAUUUGGCGGACAAUCCGACGUAUGGUCCACACAUAUUCCGUCGGAGGUUCAGGAUGAGUAGAGAGCUUUUCCUACGCAUAAUGAAUGCGGUUGAAGAUCACGAUGAUUAUUUUGUGCGAAAAAGAAAUGCAGCCAAUGUUCUUGGGUUAAGUUGCUUCCAAAAAAUUACUGCAGCUCUUCGUAUGCUCACAUAUGGGACUCCGGCUGAUGCUACCGAUGAGUAUGUUCGCAUUGGGGAAAGCACUGCACUUGAGAGCCUACGUAGGUUCGUUGUUGCAGUUGUCGACAUAUUUGAAGAUGAGUACCUCAGACAUCCCAAUGAGGCUGACAUAGCACGCUUAAUGGCACUCGGUGAGAAAAAAGGUUUUCCUGGAAUGUUAGGAUCCAUCGAUUGUAUGCAUUGGGAGUGGAAGAAUUGUCCAUAUGAAAAACAGGGUCAGUACAAGGGUCAUGUGAACAAGCCCACUAUCAUUUUAGAAGCUGUUGCUUCGCACAACCUACACAUAUGGCAUGCUUUUUUUGGAAUGCCUGGGUCUCAUAAUGACAUCAAUGUGCUUCAUCGGUCUCCUUUGUUUGCAAACUUGGCAGAGGGCAGAGCUCCAGAGAUGAAAUAUACCAUUAAUGGCCAUGAUUAUACGAUGGGUUAUUAUCUAGCCGAUGGUAUAUAUCCUUCUUGGGCUACUUUAGUAAAGACCAUCACCCAUCCUGAGGGGAACAAGAGGAAAUAUUUUGCCAAAGCGCAAGAAGCAGCAAGGAAGGAUGUGGAAAGAGCUUUUGGGGUUUUGCAGGCUAGGUUUGCUUUUGUUCGAGAGCCAGCUCGGUUUUGGGACACAAAGACACUUGGAUUGAUCAUGAAGGCUUGUGUGAUCAUGCACAAUAUGAUUGUUGAAGAUGAAGGAACAGUCGACCCUGAUGAGCGGUUCGAUGAAGGUGGUGAAGAUGUGCAACCUUCUCGUGGGAAGCCGACUCGAACCCUUCAUGAAUUUAUUGAAGCGCAUAAAAAAAUCCGAGACAAGGAAACACACUUCCAGUUGAAAGAAGACCUCAUAGAGCACUUAUGGAACCAUCAUCCUGAUUUAUAUCCUUAGGAUCAAGCAUUUUUCAUUUUAUAAUUCACAAGUGUAGUCACAAUUUUUUUAUAUAAGUGUACUAAAAUAUAUAAUUGUUUUGUAGAAACAAAAUGAGAUGAACUAAAGCUAAUUUUCAUUG